UGGUCGCAGCAGAGCAGAGAGAGGAAACAAUCUUCCUCCUCUCUUUGUUAGUGCCUUGGCCUUUUACACGAGAAGUUCUGAUUAAUCAUUUCCACCUACGCUGCGCCGAGCUUCUCAGCGGUUGCUGGGAGAUGAUGUUUGGAGAAUGGUGAGAACAAAAUGUCCAGAAGUUUAUUAAAUUUCCGCUGGCGAAGGAGAGACUGUAGGCGCAGAAGGAUGACAAUAUUAGGGGCAGUCUUGUGAUGUGAUCAAACAGUCUGUUUCCAAGAGGUGAAGAGAGCUGCAGCACUACAGAGCACUCUGUGAUGGAGAGGCUGGAUUUCAAAGCCUGAGUGAGUGUCUGUGAGAGUGUGUCCCUAAGAAGACACCAUGGCAUACAAUCUGUUGCUUUCUGUCUACAUUAUCACCUUCCUCAUGGGAGUUCCCGCCAACAUCCUGGCAUUUGGUACCUUCUGCCGCAAGGUGUAUCGCAAGCCAACCCCGAUAGACAUCCUCCUCCUCAACCUGACCAUCUCCGACCUGAUUUUCCUGGCUUUGCUGCCUUUUAAAAUGAAGGAGGCCUUUGAUGACAUGGAGUGGUUGCUGCCCUACUCCCUCUGUCCCUUCACUGGGUUUCUCUUCUAUGUCACCAUCUACAACAGCACCCUGCUGCUCACCGCCGUGAGUGUGGAGCGUUACCUAGGGGUCGCCCACCCCAUCAGGCAUUCCCUCCAUCGGCGGCCUCGUUAUGCUUUGUUGGCCUGUGUCAUGUUCUGGUUGCUAACGUCUCUGAACCUCAUCGUCGUCUACAUCAUGCCUUACCUCCAGUGGAGACACACCAAUGGCAGCACUCCCGCCACACCUCCACCUAGCUGCUACCUGAAUUUCUCCGACAAAGAGCUUGCAAUCCUGCUGCCGUUCCGCCUCGAGCUCUUCCUCGUCCUCUUCUGCAUCCCCUUCAUCAUCUGCUGCUUCUGCUACGUCAACCUAAUCCUUAUCCUGUCCCGUCUCCCAAAUAUCAGCAGGCGGCGGAGGCUGCGAUGCAUUGGUCUGGCUCUUGGCACACUGAUCGUAUUCUGCGUCUGUUUUGGUCCUUACAACAUCUCCCAUGUGGUAGGCUUUGUCAAUAAAGAGAAUCAGGAGUGGAGGACUGUGGCGUUGCUUUCCAGCACCUUAAAUGCCUGCCUGGAUCCAUUUAUCUUCUACUUGUCCUCGUCAGCCGUUAGAAGCAUGUUAAAGCACUGCUUCAGGAACAUCACAGCAAAGCUGCACAUCCUGCGGUGUGAAGAGACUCAACACAGUCCUCAACAGGAACCAGAAACUGAAAAAUACAAGAAAGCGGAACCUUCUUGAAAGUUCUAGAGAAAUUCUGAACGUAUUUAUUUUAUACAAAAGAUAUGGACAAAAUGAAAAGCCAGGAAAUGUUGUUCCACUGUGAGACUGAGUCAGUUCCUGUUGGUGUCAGUGGUUUAAUUUAUUUAAGGUAAAAUAUUUAAAGCUGAGUUUGAGUGAUAUGAAUUAAUUUCUGUAUUGUCAUGUGUGUUAACUGUGUUACUGUUGAUUUUAUAAACUGAUGUUAUAAAUGACCAUAGUAUUUCGUUACCAACUUAAAUAGGACUUUAAAUAAGAGCUAAAGAAAAAUCUGGUUUAGUAGAUUAGUUUUAUCUCCUAAAAACACAGUAAUUAUUAUUUUUCCCCCUGAAUCAGGUCUUAUUGUGAUUAAGAUCUGAGAAAAUGAAAACAAUUAGAUAUAAACACAGUCUGCAAACCAAACUAGUAGAACUACACAACCAAAGAAAUAAGAAGCUAUGAAAACAAACUCUGAUAAAUGUUUCAAAACUCUCCAAAGGAGGAUAAUGUAUUUUAAAUGAAGUUUUGUCUUUUUUUAGGUGGAUAAAAUGCUGAAAAAUUGAGUAGGAGAAAUAACUUAUUAGAAAAAUGCAAAAAUAAGUGCGCCAAGGGCGGAGCUCUGUGGAAGCCCAUUUUGGAUUGGUUGAGAUCUGUGGACCAGCUUUUGAAAAUGAAAGUUAUUAUUUUAAUGAUGAAAAAGAACACUUCUUUAUCAUUACACUUUAAAUACAGUAAUAGCUAAAAAGGUGUUUUGUUUGUUUUUAGUUAUUUGCUCAGGUGGAAUGGUAACCUACGGAGGUCCAGACUGUUAUAAAGUUAAAGCUUAUUAUCUUUUUGUUUAUCUUUACUCAGAGGCUAAAGGUGCACUCCGUCUGUCUUUUGGCUAUAAAUGUAGCAGGAAACGGGCCCUUCAGAGCACCUGCUGUAUACACUGUGCUGUACUCAUGUCACUCGGAGUUCAACAAGGACACUGUUUAAUUAAAGAUAAGUGUUUUAUAGAGAUAAAGCAAUUAAAAAACCCACGUUAAACCAUAUAGGCAGGAAGCGGAGAGACUGUACAUUGCUGAGCUAAUAUGAAGUUAUGAGCACAGACGGCCCGGAAGUGUAGACACAGAUUAAACAUGGAUGUAGUGACACAGUUAUAAAGUGUGUGUAUUUGUGCUCUGCAGAGACUUCAGACAGUAACUGAUAACCGACUUCAGGACAUUUCCUGUCAAUAAUAAUGAACACCGCACUCGUGCGCAGGUGCAGAGAUGCACACAGCUCAUAGCCCUUUAUCGUAUCCAAGUAUACACUGCACUCAGUGUGCACAAACAGUUUAUUUUGAGCCGUCAGGCUGAAUGCUGGAAGCAGGUGUGUUUGAGUACUACUUACAUGGUUUUUGCAUGGAUGUAGAAAUACCUCAAACACGAAUAAUGCACUGUAAAAAUACUAACGUGUUUAAAAGAAAACUGGAAAUACAUUUUGAAAACAUUUGCUCUGGACUGCUUUUAUUACUACUUAUUAAUUACUUGCGUAGUAAGAUACUAGUGCAUACCAAGAGCUCAGCUAGUUUAUUAGUUUAGCUAGGACUGCAGCUAAUGGGAUUUAUUUUACAGCAGCAUUUUUCGAUAUCACAAUAACAACAACAUAGUAUUUGUAAUGUUUCUGCAAAGAGCAACACCUUGAUUUACAAAGAAAGGGCAAGUCCAUGCAUAUUUGGAUGCAACAGCACUUUGUGUUUCACUGAUGACCGAGGGCUCCCUUCAGUUUUUAGUCUAGCAGUCAGGUGGUGGAAGUAAAGCCAUUAUUGGAGAAUCAGCCUCAGCUUAAAGCUAAGGAGGACAGAAGUAGCUCUCCUUAGACUCAUGCGUCUCAGA